AGUUUGCAAGGAGCAAAGUCACAGAGAGCUGGACAACAUGAGUAGGCCAGAAGUUUAAGUGUUAAUGUAGGUGAAUAAGGGCGGCUUUUGGUCCAGGGCUCUAUUCCCAGCUCUCUCAUCAUGUUGGCGCUAAUGGGGAUCCUCCUCCUCUUGCUGGCAACCCACGUUUCCUAUAUUAAUAUGGCAGUCAAGGGUUCAGAGGCCACCACCUUAAACUGCAUCUCGGAGCUCCUGAACCCGGAAGAAUGCCACGAGCUCUACAUUUGGCUCGCCAUCUCCCAGAAGGAUGUAGAACAGCCAUCAAAGGAGGGGGAAUUCUCCCCUUCUAGUCAAUGGCAAACUAUCUCCAACAUGGCCCAGUGCAAAGAAGCCCUCAGCCACUGGCUAGAGGUGCAAAGGGGCACUGUGGAUUGGGACCGCUUGGCCCGAGCUCUCCGGAAAAUUGGGCGCCCUGAUGUCUCCAGGGAGCUAAAAAAGAGCCUGAGCAAGAAUCGGAGCUUGGAACCCAAAUGGGACAGGAAAGCAAAUCAGACAGCAGGGGCGCCAAAGACAGCUCUGCUUGUUGAAAACAAGAUGCUCAACCGGAGAAGCCACCAUGUGCCUAGCCGGAAGCGUAGAACGGUGCUUCUGAAGAAGAGAGGCUGGGAUUUUAGAACUUUCCUCCAGAAGUUGCUCCCGCUACCUUUGUCCAACCUGAGCCUGCAGCAGUGCAUUGGACCAGUUAUCCGUAUACUCAUCGCUAGCAUCAUCACAGGACUGAUUCUGUGGCUUAUUUCUGUAUAUUACAUCAUUUGCUGGAACUUGAGACAAUGUCUCUUUGCCAGUGGUGUGCACUACAAUACUAGUCCAGUUAGGGAGAACAUGAACUGGACCGUGAUUUGGAAUUACCAGUCCAGUGACAACACGACGGAUGAUGGGGAAGAUCAGAAUACAUCGGCAGAGGAGGAUGCUAGAGAGGAUGAACUUUUUUGAUCCCAGGCAGCUUCUAGUGAAAUCUGCAGGAAAGUAGUUCUCAUUGAAUAAAUGCAGUUGUGAAUCUUUUGUAUGAGGCCAGCCAGGUGGAUUAUUGACCUGGGUGUGACACCACUGGAUGCAUUACAAACUCAAAGCACCAUCUAGUCCUUUGUUGUGCAGUGACAACGGCAAAGCAGUCAUAUAACCAGGGUGCAGCAAAA